AAACUCAGCAUUAUUAUCUACGUGGGAGAGCCGCUAGACUAUCAAAAAUAUCGCCACACCGCUCUCUGCCUUCGGCCCAGCGAUGGCGCCGCAUCUAUAAUCAUUCAUAUUAUUGGACCCAAUAUGGCAUAUCAGCUUAAAACGAGAGAUAACUAUAACUCAACCACGAGUCGCAAAUUUGCCAAAGAAGUCUUGGUUAGAACACUUACAACACCAAUAACGAAAGCCCAGUUAGUAGCGCUCAUCUACCAAACGCCUGUUAACAACUUAAGCCGCGAAUUCAACUGCCAGACCUGGGUGGGAGACGUCCUCCAAAAUCUUGCCAAAGCGGGAUAUGUGACGAGAGGGGCUUGCGAUAGUAGUAUCAAUGCAAUGGUGGAUGCAAUAAUAGAAGCAAAAGAAGAACCAGAGUAA